UGUUCAUUUUAUUCAACGUCGCGCACACGUCCAGUCCUCAACGACGCUCGAGUAGCUGCACUUCACCACAAAUCGUAAAUCAGCCAAGGGUGCAUCGUCAUGAUGAACCUCUUCAGGCUGUUGGGGGACCUGUCCCAUCUACUGUCAAUCCUGAUACUUUUGCACAAGAUGAAGACCUCCAGUAGCGCGGCAGGUAUCUCCUUCAAGUCGCAGUUCCUGUACUUGAUUGUUUACCUCAGUCGCUACAUCGACCUCCUCUGGACCUUCUACGACCCGCAUGCGCUGUACAAUACCAUCUUCAAGAUCGUCUUUAUCAGCACCUCUGCGUAUACCGUAUACCUCAUGCUCAACGACUUUAAGCCUACCCACGACCCGAACCUCGAUACGUUCAAAGUACAAUACCUGCUGGCUUUCAGCACGGUGCUGGCGGUGCUGUUCCCGUACAAGUACACAUUGACGGAAAUCAUGUGGGCAUUCUCCAUCUGGCUUGAAUCGGUUGCUAUCCUGCCACAGCUCUUCAUGCUACAAAGGACCGGUGAAGCCGAGACGAUUACAACGCACUACUUGUUUGCGCUCGGUGCUUACCGCGCUCUGUACAUCCCCAAUUGGAUCUACAGGUACUUCUUUGAGGUGCCGCGCUUCUACGACCCAAUUGCGGUCAUUGCUGGUAUUGUUCAGACAAUCCUGUACUCUGAUUUCUUCUACAUCUACUAUACAAAGGUCGUCCAGGGGAAGAAGUUCAACCUCCCUGUUUAGAAGCUCCGCGAGACUUGGCCAACACCUGAAUUUUCGAUUCGGACGCCGACGAUUGGCGCGCGCAAGCUUUGUGUACUUUGAUAUUGGACUAUUGGCGUUUGGGAAGGCUAUCUUGGUCCGGACUCAGAAGGACGGCACGAGCCUGGGUAGCUGUUGUACGAAUUGCAUGAACUGAGGAGUAUGAACGGACAUGGGCAGGACGGUCGGUGGCUGGCAAUGGUUCACUGCAGCUAUGUAGCGUUAUGUACCAUCGCAUUGCAGAUUUAUCAAAGCAGAACACUGUCAACAAAUCAUUGUUGCGCAUUGCAUGCAGCGUUGAUAGGCCAA